AGUCAGAAGAGCGUGCACAUGAUAUCUCAUGAUGCUAUUAACUAGGACAGUUCAAAUCCUUACUAAAACAAAGUUUCGGAGCGGGUUCCAGUGCUCUCCAGUGAUGUCUAUCUAGGUGUGUCACUAGGAUUUGAGACGCGGCCUUCGUGUUGCGCUCAGUCAGGAAUCUUCCGUUUUCUUCCUCCCCAAGUCGGUUUUUUUAGGGAGGAGCUGUGACUCUCGGGAAGAUCUAGAGAUUCGUCUGAGGACAAGAGCAGGACUGAAGGACAGUUAAAUAUGGAUCCAGCAUCUCCUCCAGAGCAGCUGUCAGUUGUUAAUCAGCAGUUGCUGAACUCGUGGGGCAGAUCGGAGAGCGCAGCUGUAAGUCUGCGCCGCUUCCUCUGCUACGGCUCUGAGAGCGCCACCUACAGCACUAAAGAGUGUGCUCUGGGCAUAGAGAGCGCCCUGGGCUUGAUGCGGCUCAUCGAGGGGACGCGGGGCGUCGAGGUGGUAGACGAGAUCAGACGCUUCAAUCUGGAGGGCCGUGCUGUCCGUCCCAACCCCAGCCUCUUCGCUCUGGCUGUCUGCUCGCAGAACGCCGACUGCAGGACCAGGCAGGCCUCCAUACGGGCGCUGAAGGACCUGUGUCGGACACCCACGCAGCUCUUCACGUUUGUACAGUAUAAGAAAGAGCUGAAACAGGGCUCUGGGAUGUGGGGCCGGGCUCUGCGGAGGGCCGUGGCGGACUGGUACAACAGCCAGGACGGGAUGAGCCUGGCGCGGACCGUGACCAAGUGCAAGCACAGAGCAGGCUGGUCCCACCAGGACCUCCUCAGACUGUCCCACAUGAAGCCGACCGAUGACACUGUUGCAGUGGUUUGCAAAUACAUCACGAAAGGCUGGAAAGGGGUUCAGGAAGUGUACGCUGAUCGAGAGAACUCCGAGGAAGUGCAGAAGGUGUUUGUGUAUCUGGAGGCAGUGGAGAAAGCCAAGCGCUGCACUGAUGAACAGGAGCUGAUUCAUCUGAUCGAGGAGCAGCGGCUGGAGAAAGAGCAGAUCCUGACCAGCCACCUCAGGUCCAAAGAGGUGUGGAAAGCAUUGCUGAAAGAGAUGCCCAUUGCUGUUUUAUUGAAGCAUUUGGGGAAGCUGACAGCAAACAAGGUUCUGGCAGCAGGAAGUGCAGAUGUUGCAGCUGUUUGUGAGAGGAUUCAGGAUGAGAGCGCUCUGAAAAAGGUCAAAACACACCCCUUUAACAUUCUUGUGGCGUCUGAAAACUAUAAGAGAGGUCACGGGAAGCGCAGCAAACUGAAAUGGGAUCCGGACAGAGACAUUGUUCAAGCCCUGGAUUGUGCCUUCAGCAGAAGUAUUUCAACUGUGGAGGCCACAGGAAAGCGGUUUCUGGUGGCCGUGGAUGUGAGCUCUUCUCUGAGCAGCGUGACUCACGGCAGCUCCAUCAGCUCGGUGGCAGCGGCGGCAGCCAUGUGUUUGGUGAUUGCUCAGACGGAGCCAGACGCACAGAUUGUGGUUUUCUCUGAAGGAAGCGUUCGUCCCUGCGCUGUCUCUUCUGAUAUGACAUUUAUGCAGAUAGCAGCACAGCUCAUCCAGACACCUGGUGGCAGCACAGACUGUGCCUUACCCAUCACCUGGGCCUCAGAGAAUGAUAAAACUGUGGACAUCUUCAUCAUUUUCACUAAUAAUCAAACGUCUGGGAGGGAAAAUCCAGCAGACACACUGAAGACUUAUAGACAAAAAAUUGGUUUGUUUUCCAAACUGAUUGUGUGUGGAUUGAUUGCCAGCUCCCUGUCCGUGGCUGACCCUGAAGACUGCGGCAUGCUGGACAUCUGCGGCUUUGACUCGCAAGCAGUGGACGUCAUCCGUAACUUCGCACUCGAUGUCAUUUAAAAGCCGAUUGUUUUGUAGCAUGCAGAGAGUUUUCUGAAAGGACAAGGAGACAUGGAUGCACCCCGCAUCAGCAUGCAAAAAAAAAUAUAUCAACAUUAUAAUUUGGAAAUCAUGUUUUUGCAGUUUGGAAUAGAGGUCAAAUCUAACUGAAUAUCCAGCAGGCUGGAUUAGUUGCAGUGAAAAUCACAGAGAGCAAAUUCACGAAAUAUUCAUUCAGUGUACUGUAUGUUUUUAACCUGGUCCAGUGAAAUAACGCUCAUUUCUGAGAAGAGCAUAACUGAAGGACAUGUUUGAGAAGUUCACGUGUGUCUCUGACCUUCAUUGGAAGUAAUGUACUAUAUUUUUAGAGGCCAAUGUCUCCACUCGUGUUAUCAUGAGAUGCUAUAAAAUAUCUCACAUCAAGCUGAAAGUGCUCCAUAGGUCUUCCACAAACAUCAGAGAGAAAUAUUAAGCAAACUCCAUUGAAAUGGAUGUUCUCUGAAACCCAUGUAGACUCAUUGGUAAUGUUUUAAUGUUGAAAUACCUCAAGUGUUCUGUAGUCCAGUAACUUGAUAUUUGAUAUACGAUCGCAAAUGACCAUUUAUUAUGAUUCAAGAGAGGCUUGACACUCAACUCUGUUGAAGACUAACCUGAAUGUUUAGCAGUUUGCUCUUUGGCACACUUUUGAUGAACUAAAUAACAUUUCAAAAAGAAGAGGGGAACAGAUUGAAUUUUUGAGAUUGUUAAAGGAUCUUGCUUCUAGAUUCAUUUUAUAUGUGUAGAAAGUUACUCUUUUGCAUUUUCUUUUGCUUUUUUGUGCCUCUUAGUGUCAAAUCAAGGUUGUAUACAUCUGCUAACGCUGCUAAAAUGAGGAUUACGCAAGAAAAAGUAGGCACAAACUAACAAACACUAAACUUCUGUAGACAAUUACUACCAGUUUCUUUUGAGAUACGAUUCUGAAUGUACCUAUUUGUGUAAUAUUACAGAUAAUUUAGAUCUAAAGUUCUUGAAUUAUGGGAUAAUAUAUAUGGCAAAUAAUGAAAGGCUGUGCUCUCAUGUUACAAAAUUGGGAUACAAAUUGAAAUGUAUUUGCCAUGUUUUUAUUGAAUUUGUUUCUAUAGUUAACACGAUAGCGAGUUACCAAAGUUUAUUUUAAUUUUUUAUAUAUGUUGCUCAAUACAUUUGUUUCAUAAGAUGACAUCAUAAGGUUUAUUAACACUAUUAAAAUAAUAAAAUAGUCUUUGAAGCCAAAAUUGCUGUUCAAAUGUAUACUACACAUGAUAUUUCCCCUUCCCAACUAGGUUCUGUCAAAAAAAAAAGAAAA